AUGUUAGCAUGGAGUUUUUGGAUGACUUCUAAAGUGAACAUAUUAAGGUUGAAGAAGCAGGAAAAUGUUAUCCAUAACCCCAGGAAAAACAAAUCAUCAGUACUAGGAAUAACAGAGAUAAUAGAAUUAGCGGAUAAGGGCUUUAAAACAGCUAAUCUAACAUCGCUGACUGGGUUCAUUCUAAUGGGAGUCACAAGGCAACCUGAGCUUCAGGUUCCCCGGUUUGGGGUCUUCCUCAUCAUCUACAUAAUCACAGUGGUGGGCAACCUGGGGAUGAUCACCUUGAUCCAGGUGGACUCCCACCUCCACACACCUAUGUAUUUUUUUAUCAAACACUUGGCUUUCAUUGACCUUGGUAAUUCUACUGUCAUUUGUCCCAAGAUGCUGGUAGAUUUUGUGGUGGAUCAAAAUACCAUUUCUUAUUGAGCAUGUGCCACACAGUUGGCUUUCUUCCUUAUGUUCAUUAUCAGUGAAUUUUUCAUCUUGUCAGCUAUGGCCUAUGACUGCUAUUUGGCCAUCUGCAACCCCUUGCUCUACAAUGUUAUUAUGUCCCAGAGAUUUUGCCACAUGCUGGUGGGCAUUCCAUACCUCUACAGUACUUUUCAGGCUCUAAGGUUCACCAUUAAGAUUUUUACAUUAACCUUCUGUGGUUCUAAUGUUAUCAGUCAUUUCUAUUGCGAUGAUGUUCCCUUUUUACUUAUGCUCUGCUCAGAUGCACAAGAAAUAGAAUUGUUGAUCAUACUAUUUUCAGCAUUUAAUUUGAUCUCUUCCCUGCUGGUAGUCCUAGUGUCCUGCAUACUAAUUCUGAUAUCUAUAUUUCGAAUGCAUUCUGCAGAGGGCAGGAAAAAAGCUUUCUCCACAUGGGGUUCUCAUCUGACAGUGGUGGUUGUGUUCUAUGGCUCUCUUCUAUUUAUGUACAUGCAGCCCAAAUCUGCCCAUUCCUUUGAUACUGAUAAAAUGGCCUCCGUGUUUUACAUGUUAGUGAUCCCCAUGCUUAACCCCUUGAUCUACAGCUUAAGGAACAGAGAGGUAAAAAAUGUCUCCCGCAGGGUCUUUAAGAAUCAAUGCAAACUUUGUAUCUAA